UUACAUAGAUUUGGGGAAGACGAAGAAGAAUAGGGUUUAGCGAUCUGCGAGCUUUCGGAGGAGAAACGAAAAUGGCGUUCAGAGGGAACGAGAUGAUGAAGAAGCUAGUGAAGAAGGUCGGAGCGGAGACUCUGACGCCGGAGCUGAAAGAGAAGCUCAAGGCCUGCGUUCCCGAUUCAAAAGUCGUGAUGGGGAGAGCCAAACGCGGUCUCUACGCCGGCCGCCAUAUCCAGUACGGAAACCGCGUCAGUGAAGACGGUGGCAACAAGUCAAGAAGGUGUUGGAAACCGAACGUACAGGAGAAGCGAUUGUUCAGCUACAUAUUCGACCGUCACAUUAAAGUCAAAGUCACAACGCACGCUCUCCGCUGCAUCGACAAAGCAGGAGGGAUAGACGAGUACUUGCUGAAAACACCCUACCAGAAGAUGGACACUGAGAUGGGUCUUUUCUGGAAAACCAAAGUGGAGCAGAGAUACGCUGAGCUAGGUCAGAUGGAAGUAGCCUUCUUCACUCCUGAGGAUGAGGCCAAGUUCGAGCAAGGGUUCAAGGAUUUGAAUAUUGCUAAGAAAGAGGCUCGUAGGGAAGCUCGUAAGGAAGCUAGGAGAAAGAUGUAUGGAGGAGAAGACAAGGGUGAGGAAGAAGCUUCUGUUGAAGGUGGAGGAGGGUCAGAGUCGCACCAGGAUGAUCAUGGAUGGUUAGAAGCUAGUGCUUAAAGAGUGUGUGUUGGUUCUCUUUUCUUUCUUUUCUAUUUUUUUUUUGCUGAGUUUCUUCUUGAACGUUUUGGAUUUUGGAAGAUGAGAAUGAUAAGUGAUGUUGUAGGUCAUAGGGUUCGAUUCCUCCCUUACGAAUCCCAUUACUCAGGUUUUGAGUUUAAUCAAUGCCGAAAAAGUCCUGUAAUAAACGGUUUACACCGAUCUCUAUUUGCCUGUUUCACAUAUGGUAUAUCAACUUUCUUUCGAGAUU